CGAUAACUUCAUAGCCUGUUUCCAGAGAGGAGGGAGAUCCAAGUUGUGGACUUGAAUUCGGUGAAGUGCCACGGUAAAAUUUCGAUUGUAGCCAGGGACGUGUAUCACGAGGCUGAUAUUUUUUUCUGAAAAUGGAUGGCAUGGAUGAUGACACCACUGUCUUUACAACUUUAAAGUCGUUUAAAAGCUUCAUUUCUCAACCUGAGACAUCGCAGCAUCUGGCUGAGACCAGUAUAGCAAAGGGUGACCUGCAAAGGCAGUACAUACAAAGGAUUGAGUUGGAGGGAGCUGCAGAAAAGAUCCACUCAAAAACGAACCUCCUGCAAAUGGCCCAGGAGAAGAAGCAGAUGGAGCUGAGUCAUAAGCGUGCCCGUAUUGAGCUUGAGAAGGCCGCUCACAUCAGCGCCCGGGACUUCGAGCGUGAGGUGGACCGCAACCAAGACUUGCACACUCGCAUCAAAAAGAUUGAGGAAAAGGCAGCUCAGGCUGAAAAGGUUCUUGCUGAGCAAACUGAAAUGAACAAGACGCUGAAGAAGAGCAUCGAGGCACAGAACAAGAGGCUAGAAGAGAAGGACUCCAAGAUAUCUAAUGCCAAUGAGACGCUGUGCGCUCUGCGAGAUGAGAUCCGGGAGCUCAAUCACAGGAUUAAGAACCAGGAGAUGCAGCUCACCGCCCAGGCCACCGAGAACGAGGGCCUUCAGGAGCAAGUGCAGCUCCAGCACAAGAAGUAUCUGGAGGCCAGUCAGAAGUAUCAGGCUCUGCAGACGUCUGAGUGUCUGAACUCUGAAAAUGAGCUCAAGAUAAAGGAGCUGGAGAGGCGCUUGACUCUGCAGGAGCAGGACUCUGUGAUCGUGCGGAACAUGAGGGCGGAGCUCGCGCGCGUCCCCGACAUGGAGAGGGAGCUGAAGCGUCUCCGGGAGGAGAACAGCUACCUGAGAGAAACCAGGGAGAACAGCAGCUUGCUGAAGGAAGAGGCCGAGGGCCUGCGGAGGAAGGUGGAGCGCCUGGAGAAGAUGAAAGAGGACAUGGUCAGUUUGGAGCUGGAGAAGGAGAAACUUGGAACGAAGCUCCAAGCCUGGGAGAAUUUAAGUCAGACGACUGGACUGAACAUCAGGAAACCGGAAGACUUGUCAAGAGAAAUCAUUCAGAUUCAGCAGCGAGAGAUCGACCUGAAGCAGCAGAACAGCUCCAUCACCAGCAGCGCCCGCGCUCUGGAGAAGGCCCGCGCUCAGCUGCAGGACGAGCUGCUGCAGCUGCGCUCCAAGGUCCUGGAGGAGCAGAAGAAGAGGGAGCAGCAGGACGGCCUGGUCCGCCGCCUGCAGAAGAGGGUCCUGCUCCUCACCAAGGAGCGUGACGGGAUGAGGGCCAUCCUCGAAUCGUACGACAACGAGCUGGCCGCCAGCGAGUACUCCCCCCAGCUGACCCGUCGCGUGAGGGAGGCCGAGGACCUGCUGCAGAAGGCCCAGGCCCACAGCUCUGAGAUGGAGGCUCAGCUCUACAAGGCUCAGGAGGAGGCCGGCUCCUAUAAGCUCCAGGCUCAGACAGCGGAAAUGGAGCUCGACGUCCUGAAGAAGCAGGCCUCCAGUGCGGAAAACAGCUCCUUCGUGGUGGGGGAGGAGGUCAAUUCCCUCAGACAGAAGAUUGAGGAGCUGGAGGCCGAGCGCAGUCGCCUGGAAGAGCAGAAUAAUGCAUUGGAGAUGAGGCUGGAGAGACACAACCUGCAGGGCGACUACGACCCGCUGAAGACCAAGGUGAUCCAUUUCCGGAUGAACCCCACCAGCCUGGCCAAGCAGGAGCGGCAGGACGAGGCCGAGCAGCUGCGGGAGGAGUGCCGGCGCCUCCGGGAGCACGUCCGCACGCUGCAGGCAGGGGGCGCUGUGGCAGCCGAAGAAGGAGCCCUCAACCUCCCGCCCUCUCAGGAAGUCCUAGAUUUGCGCAAACAGAUGGAGAGUGCAGAGUUGAAAAACCAGCGUUUGAAAGAGGUCUUUCAGAAGAAGAUCCAAGAAUUUCGCACGGUGUGCUACGUGCUGACGGGCUAUCAGAUUGACAUCACAACAGAGAACCAGUAUCGCCUCACCUCUGUGUAUGCUGAGCACAUGGACGAUUCUCUGCUCUUUAAGGCCAGCGGCCCGGCGGGGGGGAACAUGCAGCUCCUGGAGACGGACUUCUCGCGCACCCUGCGGGAGCUGGUGGACCUGCACCUUUUCCACCAGAACAGCAUCCCUGCCUUCCUCAGCUCCGUCACCCUCGACCUCUUCAGCCGCCAGACCAUGGCCUGACCCCCCCCCCCCCCCCGGGGCUCACCCCCGGGCCUCACCACCAGAGGGCGACAGCAGACGUGUCAGAGUGCCGCUGGACAGGAGGCAUUACAUGACAAGUGAAAUAAAAUGGCUAAAACGAUGAGUGGAACGUCAAGUGGCAUAGUUGCAAGUGAUUUGGAGAAUGCUGUAAUAUUUCUGUUUCUGUUUGAAGGCCAUUUUGUGCGGCUUCCACAGGUCUUUAAGUGUUCAGAUUUGCUGUCCUUCCGUAUUGCUUUGAUGUGUGGAAUUUCUUUUAACAGCUUCAGUGUUCUUGCACCUGCUUCACCAAAGCUUCUGCAGUCAUAAGGCUCAGGAGAUGCACACAAUGUACGAUGCUGAGUGAACAAAUAAGGAAAGAAAAAACGUAUUUCUAGCAAACUGUAACUAAGUAACAGAUAGUGGGUCAAUGUCUGGUAAUCUUUCAAGAAAGUUUGAAACAAACUGUUGUCAAGAGUUGACAAAAGUUUGAUACAAACCAUUAUCAAAAAAGGACAUGAUUAUAUUUUUCUCUGAAUUGGUUGUUUUAAAAUACUAUAAGGAUAACUAUCAUCCUGUUUUAUAUAGGCUAUACAAUAUUUGGAAUUUAUUGAUGGAAUAUGCAUUCACUAUAUAUUUGGGUGGUAAAGGUCUGUGUGAUUUGUCACAUGUCCUGAUUGUAAGAUGAUAAAAAUGCAGAAUUAUUAAAAAUAAAAUAUCGGCUGGCCAGCUAUACUACUUUUAGUUUAGGAUGUUUCUGGGAUUCCCGUCUUUGUCUGUUUAAUAAAAUUAAAAUCAGAUUGAUGAUUUGCCAGUAAGUACCUUGCUAGUGCUGGGGGAAGGUGGGGCUGAAGGAAAUGGGUCAUGACUGUCUCUCAGUAGUCUGAUAGUGAACCCUGAGCCUGUGUUUGCUUCUCGGCGCGAACAUGUCACACCCUGUCCCUGUACAAGCAAAGAGGUGUGGCCUUAUGCCUCUGCACGCGUACUGACAUGUUCCCUCAGGCGCUUGUCUGCGCCCCUCAUCUUAAUCUGAAGCGCUGCUGGAGAAUAUGCAGUCGCCCAAUCAGCGUCGCUCGGAAGAACAACGCUCCGCGCGUCUCCAUCUCAGAGAGCUUCCUACAGGCAGCGCGUAACGAAUGAUCCAUAGACCCUUAUCAAAGCGAACUUAAUCAGGGAGAGGUUAUUGCUUUUUUUUGUCUUAUUGUUUAUUACAUUUCUUUUUGACUCAGUGUCAGGCUUUGAGAAGAUCAGCGGCACCGGCGAGUAUUCGGAGUAAAGAACUGUUCUGUGCAACAUGACACGUUAUUAUAAAUCAUGGAUGUGUCGCGGACAGCUUCCAUCUGAUUCAACAGGAGAUGUGAAUACAUUUUAAUAAUUCACUGUCGGCACGGGCUGUUGUCUCUCACUGCUCUCUUGUGUAUCAGAUGUUUCCAGUGUAGAUGGAUGGUAUAGAUGACAGAAAUACCCACAGAUCCAUUAUUCAUGGGCUGAAUUUGUUCUCUGUGUAUGUGAGCUAUUGCACGAGGUGCACGUAUCCUCUGUCAUUCACUUACUACACUGUUUGUAUCAGAUUUUUCAUGUUGUGUUGCUGCAGUGUCAUGUUAUAAAAAAGUGAGGUCAGUAGGGCUGGCACUGUGGCAUACAUCCCUGAGAAAAAAAUUAUUGUUUUAAAAAAGGUAUCGGCAAUUAAAAGAUUUUGGAGCAGGCUCUCUCUCCUCAGUCAUUAUUACCAUCAGUGACUUACCAAACCCUAAAAUGGCCGUUCCUUUAGAACAUGUCCCAGACAGUCUCACACUGAAGGUGAUGAUGAUCACAGUAACGGGAGUGAGUUUAGUCUCCAUGCUGCUCAUUCGAGUGAACAAAGGGAUACAAUAAUAAUAAUGGGCAGCAUGCUUUUCUCAGACAAAGAAAAGCAGUUCAGCAUUUACACAGUGUACUUGCAUUCCAAUUGUGUUACAAACAAAAACAAUAUCUUCCUGUUUGCUCCCCACGCACUCAUUGGCAAGGAAAGAUGGUAAAUUGGUGGAUCAAAACCAAGCAAAGUUAUUACCUUUUUAAAGAAACGCCAGCAUAAAUCAAGUGCUGUUUACUGGACAAUAAAAGUCUCUUCACCGUGCAAAAACAAGUUACCAUUGAUUAAUGGAGACAGGACUAUUUCACUGAAAAAUAAAUAACCACUUAUAAACUUCUGCAUUUAAAGACCGGACACGUAUGCUUGAUUUUUCUGCACCCAAUUGUUUCGAACUUCUUUUGGCAGUUUCACAAUUGGAUAGAACCGCCUUGGCACCAAGAAGCUAAAAACGCAGUUAUAGAAUUUUCUCAUUUGUCAAACUUGGCUAAAUUAAGUCUACAGGGAGUUGAGAAAUGUCACACUCAAAAAUCAUGAUCCAUUUUCUUUUUUGAGAUGUUAGCAUUUUCACACUUUGAUGUAUGUAGUUCACAGAUACUGUAAACUUUAAUAGAAUGGUUGUUUUUGUACAUGUUGGAAAUAGUGUAUAACUAAUGUAUGUGGGGGUUCUUUGUUUGACAUGUAAUAGGGAAGUUGGCAUUCUGUCUUAUUUGUUGACUUCUGUAUUUAGUAUUUUUACUGACAUACAAACUGAGAGAAAUGUAAUUGACCGUUAUUCUAGCAUGCAUUUGAUAAAAGCCUUUUCUCGUUCCUUCCUGGCGUUCAGAGCUUGCGCCUGAAACUUCAGAAUCCCCAGUGCUUUGGCAGCUCUGGCUUUAGACUUUGUUGAGGAUUGAAAUGACACAGACACCCUUUCCCUGAGCACCAGUUAAAACACACUGUGUUGAACCAAUCAUGGUGGCAACAGGCUUUUGUCCUUGGGCAGUUUUUUUUCCUGCUUUUUUUUGUUCAAUUAAAGCUGCAUCAGAAACAUA